GCCGGCCCGGCCAGCCCGGAGCCCCGCGCCCGGGCGGGUGGAACCCCGCCACGGCGCAGGCCGCGGUGCGGGGGGCGAGCCGGCCCUGGGGGUGGUGUCUGCUGCGGCCCAGCCCCCGGUGGGCCCAGCCCGGCGGGCACGACCCCGGUGCAGCCCCCGGUGCAUCCCCCCCGGUGCAGGCCGGCCCCUGCCCACGGCUCCUUCUGCCACGCCAGCGCUGCGGGGACGCGCCCCGUGUCCCCCCGCUACUUAGGGUGCGGGGACGGGCCCUGCUCAGCGCUGCGGGGACGCGUGUGCGUGUCUGGCUGCCGGCGCCCGGCCCGGCCCAGGUCGGGGUUGGGCAGGCUCCGUUGUCCCCGGGGCUGGGGAGCGGCCGGUGGCCCUCCCGGCGUGGGGCAGGGUCCUGCCCCCCAGCACAGCUGCGGCCGCCGGGGUCCCAGCCCCACGCGCCGGCUCUGGCAUCUGGAGGCGCUUCCCAGCACGUGCCGCCCCCGCUCCCUGACCUCGGGCCAGCGCCCGCCAUGGCCGCGGGCCCGGUGCUGGCAGGCGUCGGGAGCACACAUGGUUAACGGCGGCCGCCCGCGCCGCUGGGCUCACAUCUGGCAGUGGGAGGGCUGCGCGCCUCGUCCCGCUCCUCCGCUGCCUCCUUUACUUUCUAGAAAGUGCGUUUCCGCCCGGGGCCGCGGGAGCGGAGGAGGCUGUUGGAGCGGGAGGCAGCCGAUCGCAGCGGGCAGGCUCUGCCCCGAGGCCGGGGCUGGCGGGGAGCAGCGGGGGAUGCUCUAGGGAAGGAAAGGCAUCGCCAGGAGGGAGCAGCCCUGCCCGGAGGGCACUGCCACAGCAUGGAGGGGCUUUGGGCGCUCGGUGUCCUGCUGCUCUCCUGCCUGCUGCUGCCCUCGCCCGCAGUGAGCCAGACCAGCCCCAGCCCUGACCCCGACCGGCGUUUGCGGAGGGACCCUGAGGAGGCACCGUCCCAGCACCACGCUGCCAGGGCCACAUGGGAGCAGAAGCCCAGCAGUGCCCAGGAGGGGCUGCCCCCCCGGCCCCGCUGCGUCCGCUGCUGUGAGCCGCCCGACCAGCGCUUCUCCUACCCCCAGUACCAGCCCCUGCCUCAGAUCAACAUGACCAUCCUCAAAGGCGAGAAGGGGGACCGUGGUGAGCGUGGCAUGCAGGGCAAGUACGGCAAGACCGGGGUGGCCGGCAGCAGGGGCCACGCGGGACCCAAGGGACAGAAGGGCAGCGUGGGCGCCCCGGGGGAGCGCUGCAAGAGCCACUACGCUGCCUUCUCGGUGGGCCGCAAGAAACCCCUGCACAGCAACGACUACUACCAGACCCUCAUCUUCGACACGGAGUUUGUCAACCUCUACGACCACUUCAACAUGUUCACGGGCAAGUUUUACUGCUACGUCCCCGGGAUCUACUACUUCAGCCUCAACGUGCACACCUGGAACCAGAAGGAGACAUACCUGCACAUCAUGCGCAACGGGGCAGAGGUGGUGAUUCUCUACGCCCAGGUGAGCGACCGCAGCAUCAUGCAGAGCCAGAGCGUCAUGCUGGAGCUGCAGGAGCAGGACGAGGUCUGGGUGCGGCUCUACAAGGGCGAGCGUGAGAACGCCAUCUUCAGCGAUGAGUACGACACCUACAUCACCUUCAGCGGCCACCUCAUCAAGUACAGCGGGGACCCCUGAGUGCCUGCUCCCCUCCCCUGGGGCGGGUGUCCGAGGAGCUGCUGCCGCCCCCUCGCCCAGGGCAUGCCACCUGCCAUUAAGCUGUUAGCCCUGCUACGUGCCACCACCCCCAGCAGCUGCGCGACUGUGUGAUUAACCCCAGCCCCAGCUCCUCAACACCGAUCGGAUGCACCGGGAGGAGCCGAAGCCAUUUCCAGCCUCUGCUGCAUUUGUGACCCGGGCAGCAGCCACUCGCCUGGGGCGGGCAGGGAGCUCACCCCCACCCGCGACUGCUCCAGAGCUGGGUUUGCUGGGCACCAGGUGUUUGUGGUGCUGGCUGUGAGCUGGCACCGGCUGAAUGGGCUUGAUGGCCAGUGCCCUGGUGCGAGGCAGCACAGACACGUGCGCCGUGUUCCUCCCUUGCCCCUCUCACACCACGACAUGCUCUGCAGGCUCUUUCUCCUGGAAGAGGGCACAGGAUGCUCAGCACCCAGCAGGAAAGGCAAUAAAACCACUAAAGGCCCCUCUUUCCUUCUGUGGAGCUGGGUCCCAACGGUGCGGAUGUUGCAGCAUGUCACUGGGUACCUGCUGGGCUGACACUUCCCCCAGCGCUCCUGCAAGGGAGCGGAUUGCAUCAGUUCCCCUCUGCAAGUUCCCGUCCCUGUCCCCUCUGUAAGUCCCCACCACCGUUUUCCCCCACCCUCCGCAGCCUCUGCUCGGUGCCGACACUGCCGAGGAGGGGGCUGGCUCCCCACCGGCAGCCCUGGGCACGGGGUCUUUGGCCUCAGUCGCUUCCUCUUCAGUUAGAUUAUCUGCUGGCCAGGCUUUGUAUUUAUGUAGAGGCAAUAGCAGAGCAGGGCCCCGGGCAGCAUGCUGCCCCCCAGCUCUCUGUACAGCUUGUCACUACAUUAAACACCCCACGACUGCGAGUCCUA